AUGGCAUCAAAACCGUCAGAAGUGCCCAAUUUCACAAUCAGCGAUUAUGUCAAGUUCUUUGGCGCUGGCGCCCUCGCGGCGACGUCUACUCAUGGUGCUGUGACGCCAAUUGAUGUCGUCAAGACCCGAAUCCAAGUCGACGAUGCCUUGAAGGGAUACAACAUGCUCUCAGCUGGUCGCAGCAUCGUCGCCAAGGAGGGCGCAUCCGCGCUCCUCACUGGCUUUGGCCCAACUGCGGUCGGCUAUCUCGUACAGGGUGGUGCCAAGUUCGCCGGCUACGAGUACUUCAAGAAGAAGUACAUCACCAUGCUUGGAGGCCCCGACAAGGCUGUCAACCACCGAACGGGCGUUUACUUGACAGCCAGUGCAUCGGCCGAGUUCUUCGCUGAUAUUCUUCUCUGCCCGCUCGAGGCUACGCGAAUUCGACUCGUUUCGCAAAAAGGAUACGCCACCGGCUUGUUCUCAGGCUUUGGAAGGAUGGCACGCGAGGAGGGCAUCAGAGGAUUUUACUCUGGUUUUGUACCUCUCUUGUUCAAGCAAAUUCCCUUCGCCGUCGGCCAGUUCUCCGUUCACGAAGCCGUUAACGAAGUCAUCUUCCGCUCCAUGGGCCCCGAGCGUAAGGAGAAGCUCACACAGCUUGAGUCGACAGGAGUCGAGCUUACAUCUGGUGUCAUUGCUGGUGCUGCCGCCGCCGUUCUUUCUCACCCUGCUGAUACCCUCUUGUCGGCCAUUAACAAGGGUGCCGGCGAUAAGAGCCAAGGCGCAACCAGCCGUAUGUUCCAGCUUGCGCGCGAGUUCGGACCCAAGCGAUUGCUGCUCACUGGACUGGGACCUCGUCUGGUAAUGACAUGUGGUCUGGUUGGUGCCCAGUUUGUUGUAUAUGCGCAGUGCAAGGCCUUCACAGGAGCACCACCAGGUAUUGAGAUUCACAAAGAGGCAUCUCUAUAA